UGCGCGCCACGGAAAUUCGUGCGAUUCCACGAGAGAGCCCCGCAUUGACGAGUGUGUGCGAAGCACUGAGUGCGUGUGUGUGUAGUGCGAGUGCUGGGUGACUGUAAUCCACUGUUGUAACUAGGCUAUUGUGAAAAAUUUCACAUAAAAUAGAAAUUAAAAUGUCUUCGCCGACGAAGAAGCUGAAGAAAUUGGAGGACAGCGCGGGAGACGGUAAUGAUACACGUGAUUAUAACAUUGAAAUACAGAAGACACUCGAGGAAAUUGACGGUUGUCAGAAUCAAAUCGAUGGGCUCAAUGAGAAGGCUAGCGAUGAGAUACUCGAGGUGGAGAAAAAAUACAACAAGCUACGAAAGCCGUAUUUCCAAAAACGCAACGACAUCAUCAAGAGGAUACCCAAUUUUUGGUUAACAGCUUUUGUUAAUAAUAAGAAAAUCGCCGAAAUUCUCGAAGAGGACGAGGAGGAUGCGCUUCGAUAUCUCAACAAACUUGAGGUCGAGGAAUUCGAAGACAUCAAGUCUGGGUACAGAAUCAAUUUCUAUUUCGAUGAGAAUCCGUAUUUCGAGAACGAGGUGCUCACUAAAGAAUUCCACUUGGGAUCAUCUGGUGAGUGGGGAUUAGGGGAUCCAGCCUCUCAGAGUACACCAAUCCGCUGGAAGGAUGGGGCUGAUUUAACGAAGAGGUCGAAGGGAAAGGCUCAGCUCAAGGGACGCAAGAGGCCACUUGGUCACAGGUCGUUUUUCGAUUGGUUCACGGAUCACGGGGACCCAAGCUCUGAUGAUAUUGCUGAGUUAAUUAAGGAUGAUAUGUGGCCAAAUCCUCUGCAGUACUACCUGGCACCUGAUAUGGACGUCGAAAACGGCAUCGAAGGUGAUGGUGAGGAGGUGGAUGGAGACAGUGAGGAGGAGGAAGAAGACGAGGAGGAUGUCGGAGGAGAAGACGGUGACGAUGUUGGUGAGGGUGAGGAGGCAGACGACAGUAUAGUGGUUGUGGAGGAUGAUGCAGACCUGGAGGAUGAGGACGAAGGCGCCAAUGAUGAGGAUGAUUUGCUGGUUGACGACGAGGGUGAUCAGGAGGCCGAUGGCGAGGAGCCAGAAUAAAGGGCCUAAUUAUUGACAGAUAUUUGUCACGGAUAAACCAGCAUGAUUCACUCAAUUCUCAUUACCACCAGAAUUAUUAAACAGCGAACGGAGAACAAUGGAAAUCAGCACAAGAUUUGGAAAAAAAUAACAAAAUGCAUUGGGCCCUCAUGGGGGGUCAAUGAGACCCAAGAGUCUUUGCCUGGAACUUGUUACAUGAUAAUUAUAUUGAUAAAUAGGAUAGGGUAAAAUUAAGCUCUGAGGAACUGGGCAGGGAUUCUUAGUCAAUACUCUGAGCCCCCAGGGAAACAUUUAUUUUACUCGAAGAAGCAAAAUAAAAGUACGUAAUUAUAGAAACAUGAACGAGGCACUCGUGAACGCGAUCUGAUCGAUUACAAUCCUGGUGAUUCAUUUACACAUCCUGUCUCGUUUUGAUUUCGUAAAAAAAAACAAAUUUUAUUCGUGAAUUAACUUUGACGGAGUGUUGUCGAUAUUGUAUAUACGUGGUAACUCGGACUUUUAUUCCAAUGAACUGUCAUUUGAUUGUGUCAGAAGAAAACGUUCUUAACGCCUCGUUUCUCUCUUCCAGUUUACUAUUUUUAAGGAACCCCGCAGACACUCAUCCACACACUACUUCAGUCGCUACGUAACUUGGGCAGUAGUUGCCAUCGGUGUAGAAAAUUUCAAUCCCACUUUUAUCUGCGGUGAAAUGUAUUUUUUUAAAUCUAAAUUUCUAAAUAAGGUUAGAAUUUAGUUAUGAAGCGCGUAAGAAUUUUAUUUUUCAAAACUGAUCCCUUCACCCCAGAGCGAAAUUAAAUUCAGAUGGUUUACGGUGAUGGUAACUUCCGUCCAAGUUAUACAGAGACUUGAAUACAAUAUUUCGCUAUUCUCGAGUAUUUUUUUCUUAUUGUAUAUUUAUGAAAUUAUUGUUUACAAAAUUAUUAAUUGAGAAGGGAAUAUUGGAGUAAUCUGUAAGUUAUAUUUUUGUGAGUAAAGGCAAAACUCUUCUUUAGUGACUCAAAUUAAUUUUGUAAUAGAUUGCGGAGAUCUAUAAAUCAGUGUAGUUAGUCCACAAGCUGUGGUUUUAUUAAUUACUUUGUGUUGAUAACAUUAAGAGAAGAUAAGUAUCAGUUUUAAGGGAUGAUUACAUCGUUUUUUUCACGUGCCACUAGUGUUUGAUGGCAAAUUAUGGCAUAAUGAAAUUUUGUCUUUCAAUAAUAUCCAUUCAUUAUUCAAUACCAUAAAUUGAGUAAUUUUUUCAUUCAUUAUUGACAAUAGGAUUUUUCAAUGUUUUUCAACUCUCUAAAACCCUAACUACUCCUUCAGAUUCUUUUUCGUCAAAAUUUUUUGUUUUCGACCUAACCUUGUCCAAAAUCAAUCUGUAUGGAAUUUCAAAUCACUCAAUACUUUCUGUUCAAUAAAACAAUGUUAUUGAGAAGUAAAAAUUUCAUGCCUACAUUUUUUGAAUAAAAAAAUUUCUUUUAAUCGUGAAAUUUGCCUAUCGAAUAAUUCGGGUACUGAAAAAGGGUGGUGUGUCCUCUUUCCAAUCAACAUACUGUUAAAGGGUGCAUAAUAUGCGUAAUUUGAUGAAUCGAAUCUUCGAGUGAAUCAAAUGCAAUGAAAAUGCCGAACAAUUAGCCGAGGAACCUUCAUUAUAUCCAAUAACCGUAGACCUUGGAUUGAUUUUAAUUUUUGUUUUUGAUUUCCACGAUAAAGAACGUUACAGGGGUAUCAAGUUGCACUAAAUAAAAUAACAUCUUUCAAUCCCCGAUGCAAAACUUGAUAUCCAGGGUUAAAAUCAAUAGAAAAAACUCGUCCAUUUUCGAGUAACUAAGGAAUGAACCUCAUGUCGACCUUGCAAUUGCUGCAGAUGAUGUUUUUUCUCAUCCCAGACCUGGUCAUUUAUUUUUUUAAUUCACGAACCACUGAAAUAUGUUCAUUUUUUUCAUGUAAAAAUUCGUAGAUUCAUAUUUAUACACAAAUUCUGUGAAUAAAAUACUUUGAGUACUAUAACGUGAA